CCCAGGCGGGGCCUCCGCUAAAGGCGCGGAGCACCCGGCGCCGAGAGCGCUGCGUAGAGCAGCGCCCACUGGAGUGAAGUCGGAGCGGAGGAUCGCGCCGUCCCAGCCCGCCAGCGUCCACGCCGCUCCCGCACCCUUACCCCUGCCCGCCCUUGCCAGGCGCGACCGGCGGCCAUGCAGCCCCAGGGCUAAGGCGGCCCCAUGCGAAGCCCGCGUCCCCGCGGGCCGGGCAACGACGGCGCAUGGAGAACUUCCGUAAGGUGCGCUCGGAGGAGGCGCCGGUGGGGGGUGGGGCCGAGGGGGGCGGCCCGGGCUCCAGUCCCUUCGCGGACCUUGCGCCGGGCGCCGUGCACAUGCGAGUCAAAGAGGGCAGCAAGAUCCGGAACCUGCUGGCUUUCGCUACCGCCAGCAUGGCGCAGCCAGCCACGCGCGCCAUCGUCUUCAGCGGCUGCGGUCGGGCCACCACCAAAACCGUCACGUGCGCGGAGAUCCUCAAGCGCCGCCUGGCGGGCCUGCAUCAGGUCACGCGGCUGCGCUACCGGAGCGUGCGCGAAGUGUGGCAGAGCCUACCGCCUGGGCCCACACCGGGUCAGAAGCCUGGCGAGCCGGCCGCCAGUCUCAGUGUACUUAAGAACGUGCCCAGCCUCGCCAUCCUACUUUCCAAGGAUGCACUGGAUCCGUGCCAACCCGGUUACCAGCCCCCGAACUCCCAUCCUGGACCCUCGUCCCAGCCAACUGCACCGACAUCCAAGAGGAGCCUAGGGGAACCCGCGACUGGAGAAGGCUCUGCGAAGCGGUUACAGCCUGGGCCAAGCGCUGCGGAAGAGGAGCGGAUGGCCUGAGAGCUCGUGGGUCUGGGCCACGUAGACGCUCUGGAUCUCACCCCCGGCGCCUCGACCUUGAGACACAUCUCCAGCCUUUCACGCCUCGGUGCUCUGGACAUAGCUCCUCAGAUGGUCAGCAUGGACCCCAACGCAACAAGAGAGUGACCCCAGGGAAGCUUCAUUCCACCACUUGUGUUGCCUGAAGACGCAGAACUCCACCUUCAGCUUUUCUGAGCCAUACUGGAACCUUCUUCAGGGAGGGAGUGGUUGGCAGUAGGACUCUUGAGCCUUGCUCAGGACCCCCAAGGGUUAAAGGCAUCCAGUGUUCAUGAGGGGAGCACCUCCCCCCCAGUGUGUAACCAGAGGAGAGCUCCUGGAAUCACCUCCACUAUUGGCGGCUGAGGGCAAGGGGUGAGAAACAGACUGCUUGAAGGCAAGGGAGUCUGAGUUGGGGAGGGGGCUGUUCUAUUCUGCCUCUCACCCCGGGAGACCACUUCCUUUCUAGUUUUCCUUAUCGUGCUGUUAAGGAGCAUCCUGAGAUCAUGGUGCAGGGACAGUCCCUUCCGCACUGGCCCAGAAGGAGAGACCCAGAACGCUCUUUGCCUUCUCCCCUGAGUCUCAGAGCUGGAGUCCUGCUUCCAGUAAAACACACAAAAAUGGCUCUGGCCCCAGGUUUCUUCCUUAGCACUUAACCUAUGUGGAAACUGCUUUGGCCUGCCCCCUUGUGUCUCAGUCCCCUCCAGCCUGGAGUCCUUGGCCUUUGGAAUCUUCAGGGUCAGGCACAGAGACCGGACAGCUUCCAACUGGAACCAGAGGCACAUUGCCCAGUCCCUGGCUUCUCCCUCUCCCAGCCUUCCCUGUCUGGCUCUGGCCUCAGGGGCUUGUGGCCAGAGGGGGCCUUUGUCCCCUGGUGCAUUACCACUGAGGGAAAGGGAGGAGCACAUUGCUUUUCUGGGAGGGAAGGAAGGCAUGCACCAAUGAACUCUCCUGGGGGUCACUGCCAAGGGAGGCACACCCCACUGGGCUCCCUAAACCUGCAGCCUCCUGCCAAUUGACAGCCGUAUCCAGAAAGCUGGCACAAAACCCCUCACCAUCCAUAGGAUCUCCCCUUCACUGCUCUCUCUCUCUCAGAAAGGACAGCACACCCUUGGGAGAGGGGGAGGAGAGAGAUUGAGCACAAAUCCACUGCUGGAAAUUACUAUUCAGCAGAGAAGCUGGAACUUGGGCUGUGAAUCACUGCAGGCUCUCUGAUAAGCUGCAGCCUCCGGCCCUGCACAGCUGUCUGUUGAGAGAUAACAGCCUCAUAAGCCUCUUUGUCCAAGUCAGCUGGGGCUGGGGGUGGGGGAGGAGUGCUGUGUGCUAGAAGGACUCUAGCGGGUAAGGGUGGGGGGGAGCCAGGGGGGCACCUAGCCCCAGGAUCUCACCCUACCACGUGCAACUCAACAGCACCUCUGAAAGGAGAUGGGAAAGAAUGUAAGUCACUUUGCUAGCAGAACCCUGAAAUAAAUCCUUCCAGCGACAAGAGAACCCCAGGAUCAUGACCUGAGCCGAAGGCAGACGCUUAAUGACUGUGCCACCCAGGCGCCAGAAAAACGCACUAUCCUGACAGCUAAGGUGCCCUGGAUUGGUCCUGGGCUUGUGCAUCUGAAGCAAAUGAUAAAACUCGGAAGAGGUCCUGCAUGGUAGAUGCUUACAGAAGACAUCUUGGUUCUGGAAAAGGGCCAACUUUCCAGAACCAGGAUCUGAAGUCCUGAUUGCCCUGUCAGCAGGACCAUGCAAGCAGCAGCUUGUCAGGGGAGGCUGCAGAGGCUUUCUUUUCUUGAUGGUAGGGAACAGAUUAAGUCCCUUUCCUGCCUAGAAAUUGAUCCUGCAGUAUGGGGAGGAGAAGGGCUUGUUUCCCCACCUUCAGAGCAUUAACCUGCCCUGAUGGGCUGAGCUUCCACCUCCCAUGCCAGAAGGCAGGUUAUGAAACACUUUCCUUUCUGCACCCCCACUUCACCCCAACAGGUUGAGUGCCCAGGUUUUUGAUAGGUGCUCAUGGUGCCAGUGGAAUCCAGCACCCAUGAGCACCCUACCCUUGCCUUACUGAUCCUCUGGCCCUACUGACCCAGGAGCAGGCUCCAAAGGAAGGUGACCAAUAUCCCUAUCCACCCCCACCCCCAAGACUGAGGUGGGAACCUGAGAUGUGUUGGAAUAAGUGAGGUGGGGGGGUGGCUACAGGAGCACCUCAGAGAUGGCUCACUGACUACGGGCAGAAUGGGAGGGAGCAGAAGCUGCUCUGUGAGACCCCAUCAUUCCAAUAGUGACCUCUAUCCAAGAGCUUUCUGGGCCCUGUCUUGGGGCACUUGCAGGCUAGGGGUGGCAGUGAAGGCUCACACUCACAAAAUUGUCAGGUCACACGAUCAAAAUCCAUUUGGGAAUAUAAAUGUAUAUAUAAUCCAAGGCCGGAGCUCGUGGUCAGAUGGGCAGUGGAUCUCUAGCAGGGCCGUUGUUGUUGUGCCAGAUCCUAGUCUAGGCACACGGUGGGGCGGGGUGGUGGGGGGUGGGAGAUCACAGUAGAAUCGGACAUUGUUCCUGCUCAAGGAUGUCCCAGUUAGUGGCAAGAAAGUAAAGAAAGUUACAACACAAUGCAAUGAUAGUGGGAGAAGGUGAGAGCUCUGAGAAGGGGCACUUAAUGCACCCAGAGGUGCUGAUGGAGGUGGUUCCCCGAGGAUCAGAAGCCAGCAGAACAGGACUGGACAGGCAGUUCCCGGCAGAGCGCAGAGAGGUGUUGCUGUGCCUGGUGUUGCAGCAGCCAUAAGCAUCUGAAGGAUACCUGGCGAGAGGCAGGUGGGGCUGGAGUACCCUGUUGGAGCCAGGUCCUGGAAGCCUCCCUGAAGUAAGUGGGAGGCCGGUGGGAGCCAGGGAGUGCCCCAGUCUGAUUGGCAUCUGUAAGUGUGUAAGUGGGUGGUGGAUUGGAAGGGGCCUGAGUGGAUCCCCGAGGAUACAAGGAGGUAAGAGAUGGUGUUACAGGAUUUCUUUUUCUUCAGUGCGGUGGUUCUUGGUCACGCCACUUUGAAGAAUGAAGAGGUAGAUCAGGCAGAGUGGUGGGCAGAAAAGCAGCUUUAUUGAGAGACAGUACAAAGCUCCCAAAGAGGGACAGGACCCAAGAGAGUUGCCACUGGAGUUUCUAAGUCUAGGGGGUUUUAUGGGCUUGUUAGCGGGGGCUGUUUUCAUCUGAUGAACCUUCCCUGCGCCUGUCAUCCAAUCAGGUUUUUGUCAUCUACCUAUCACAUGGGAAAGGGUGGAGGGCUCCUUCCAGGGUGGUGUAAGAUCCUUUCAAGGAUGGUUUCCUCUUGGGGGGCAGGGGGCUUGUCCCUGCCUACCUGCCUUCCAACUAUCCUUCAUCAAUGGGACCAUGGAACUGUGGUAGUAGGGAGGGAGAUGGAGACAGAUUUGAGAGCCACCCAGGCUAGGUAGGAUUUCACUGCCAUUACAGCCAGAUCAGAGUGGGGCUUCUCCUUGCGGCAUUAACCCUACCUGGCCAGGGCUUGGCUUGCUUUCUUGGCAUCCCAGGGGACAUGCUAUGUAAGGGCCAAACAAUAAAGCCUUGGGAGGGGAGGAGGUCCACAGUUUCAAAUUGGUAAAAGCUUUAGAAGCUGUUGUCCAUUGGCUAUGAAUCUGCCAGGCAUGUUCACUGCACAGUAGGGAAAAAACCUGAGUAAGAUACUCUCCCACCCUUAUCCCUUAACAGGAACCUCCUCACCCCGCCAUCUCCCAGCCUCUACCCCAUUAAUCCUGCACUUUGGGCUGUUGCUAUGCCCACACUGCUAGGGAUGCUCUAGUCCCCUCUAUUUCACUGAGAUGUUGCAACACCUCCAGGUCUCCCAAGAGAAGGAUAAUUGAUAAAAGCAAGGGAGGGAGGGAAAGGGAAAGGAGGAAGGGAGGGAAGGAGAAAAUAUAGCCACGGGAGGGUCUCCUUGGUGACACCAGGUUUCUUCCUGGAGCACAGAUCUUAGUUUGUAAUUGUGCCCUCAUUAGUGUGGUCCUCUGGUUGUCAGUCACCCCAAUAACGAGAAGCUGUGAUUGAAUGGAUCCUGCCUGCCUUGCUCCCCACCCAGCUCUUGGCACAUAGGAAGCCCACAGAGCUGUUGACUGAAUGAAUAAAGUCUGGUUGAGCCAGAUUUAUGAACUAUUCUGAUGCCACAUCAAAGUCCUUAACUGUGAAGGAUGGUGGCCAAAUCUUCCCCUGUGUCCACCAAGCUUCUCUUCCCAUCUAGGCCUUAGGUUCUACCUGCUUUUAGAAAGGAAGCACCACCAUAGUGAUUGGAUUUGUAUGUCCAGCAUGAGGAUUCGGGUUUUGUGUCACACCUGCUGAUUAUCAUAGAUAUUGUGGGUUGAAGUGUGUCCCCCCAAAAGGUAUGUUGAAGCCCUAACUCUGGUACCUGUGAAUGUGACCUUAUUUUGAAACAGGAUCUUUGCAGAUGUAAUUAAUAUGUAAGAAGAGGUCAUACUGAAGUAGGGUAGGUCCUUAACCUAGUAUGACUGGUGUCCUUAAAAAAGAGAAGACAAGACACACAGAAGAACAACACAGGAGGAUGGAGACAGAGAUUGGAGUUACGGGCUGCGAACCAAGGAAUGCCAAGGAUUGCCAGCAAACAAUAGAAGCUAAGAAAAAUGCAUGGAACAGAUUCUUCCCUAGAUCCUUCAGAGAGAACAUGGUCCUGCUGGUAUCUUGAUUUUCGAUUUCAAACUUCCAGACCUGUGAGAAAAUAAAUUUCUGUUGUUUUAAGUCA